AUGACCAGCAAUCCUUCUUCAAGGAGUGAUGAUGAUCAAAUGAAUCAUGAAAUUAUGGUGGAUCAACCACUGUCCACGUCUGCGUGUGGUGAUAACUCCGCCUUGUCGAUCGAUAGCUUCGACAACAAUUGUCAUGCUGAUCAAGAAUAUUUAUUCGAGAGAAGAAUGAAUAGCUCAGGCUGCACGAAGUGGGUGGAUUUCCAGUCGUAUUACUCGCUGCCAGCAACACCUACGGCUAGCGAGAACGAUGAACACCCGAAUGUGCCCGUAGAAAAUGCUUUUACUACUCCAAGUAAUGGACGGAGAAGAAGGGGGAGAUGCAGACCCGCUACUGCCGCUAGUAUUACUCGUUCAUAUGGAAAUACUGAUGAAGAGAACGAGACACGAGGAAGAGGAGGAGGAGAUUUGGUUGUGAUAACGAGGGCGAAAGGAGGGAGAAAGCCAAUAUCCAUGGACUUGGACGAAGUGAAGGCCUGUAGAGAUCUUGGCUUCGAACUAGAACAUGAUCCUCGCUUCUUCAAUACCAUCCCUAAUUUCUCCGCCACAAGCAACCCUGGUGAUGUUAAAGCACGACUCAAGAUUUGGGCACAAGCAGUUGCGCUUGCAUCUUCUACGUCACGUCUCGGCUGCUAG